AUGCCUGUGAAGUGGAUUUCUGCUCUGCUCCUGCUGCAGAUGGGUUGCUGCUUCAGAUCUACAAGCUGUGGGAAGGUGUUGGUGUGGCCAUGGGAAUUCAGUCACUGGAUGAAUUUAAAGAUAAUACUGGAUGAACUUGUACAGAGGGGCCAUGAAGUCACUGUUCUGAGACCUUCAGCUUCCAUCUUCGUUGAUCCCAAAAAUUCGCCUGGCCUUAAGUUUGAAACUGUUCCUACAGCUCUCAGUAGAGAGGAUCUGGAAAAAUUUUUCACUAUGUUUGUGGAAGUGUGGACUUAUGAGGUCCCAAAAGAUACAUGCUUAUCAUAUUCUCCUACACUUCAAAAAGUGUUUGAUGAACACUCUGAAUGUUGCCUAAGUCUUUGUAAGGAUGUUGUUUCAAACAAACAGCUCAUGACAAAACUACAGGAAUCCAAGUUUGAUGUCCUUUUCUCAGAUGCCAUUGCUUCCUGUGGGGAGCUGAUAGCCGAACUGCUCCAGAUUCCUUUUAUGUACAGUCUUCGAGCUUCUCCAGGAAACACAAUGGAAAAGUACAGUGGAGGACUUCUACUCCCUCCCUCUUAUGUACCUAUAAUUUUGUCAGGAUUAGGUGGGCAAAUGACAUUCACAGAGAGAGUAAAAAAUAUGAUAUGUAUGCUCUAUUUUGACUUCUGGUUCCAGACAUUUGCAGAGAAGAAAUGGGAUCAGUUCUACAGUGAAGUUUUGGGAAGGCCAACCACCUUAGUUGAGACCAUGGGCAAAGCAGAAAUGUGGUUCAUUAGAUCCUACUGGGAUUUAGAGUUUCCUCACCCAACCUUACCAAAUGUUGAGUAUGUUGGAGGACUCCACUGCAAACCUGCUAAACCCUUGCCUAAGGAAAUGGAAGACUUUGUCCAGAGCUCUGGAGAGCAUGGUGUGGUUGUGUUUUCUCUGGGGUCAAUGGUCAGGAACAUGACCGAAGAACAGGCCAACGCGAUUGCAUGGGCCCUUGCCCAGAUUCCACAAAAGGUUCUUUGGCGAUUUGAUGGCAUAAAACCAGCUUCCUUAGGAUCCAAUACUAGAAUCUACAAGUGGCUUCCCCAGAAUGACCUUCUUGGUCAUCCAAAAACCAAAGCCUUUGUAACUCAUGGUGGAGCCAAUGGCCUCUAUGAGGCCAUCCAUCAUGGAAUCCCUAUGAUUGGCAUUCCUUUGUUUGGAGAACAACAUGAUAACAUUGCCCAGAUGGUGGCCAAAGGAGCAGCUGUUGCAUUAAAUAUCAGAACAAUGUCAAGGUCAGAUUUGCUCAAAGCACUGGAAGAAGUCAUUGACAAUCCUUCCUAUAAAGAAAAUGCUAUGUGGUUAUCAACCAUUCACCAUGACCAGCCUAUGAAGCCCCUGGAAAGGAUUAUCUUCUGGAUUGAGUUUGUCAUGCGCCACAAAGGAGCCAAGCAACUGAGACCACUUGCAUACAACCUCACCUGGUACCAGUACCACUCUCUAGAUGUGAUUGGAUUCCUACUAGCCUGUGUGGUGGCCACUGCAGUCAUUUCUAUAAAGUGCUGCUUGAUGGCUUGUCGAUACUUUGUAAAGAAGGAAAAGAAAAUGAAGAAAAAGUAG